AUGUUUCAUUUUAUUCUCGACAACAUUCAAAACAAAACCACAGGGCUGUAUGCGAGCGAGUUGCGUACGUUAUUGUUCGAUAGCACAUCGGCAGAUCUGCCCAGAAUUAAGGAUCUGAUAUACGGGGUGCCGGCUGACCACAUACUCACAGCUGCGGAAAUGAACCUACCGGAGAGUGUUUGUCGCACCUGUUUCAUGUCGAACGAGUAUUGCCAAUGUGAGACGUUUGGGAAGCACAUGGGAAAAAUCAUCCUGGAGGCACUUGCACUUCUUCGACUUGUCCCGGCACGGCAAAAUAUGAGACAUCUCUUUAAUUUUGCGCAGCUGGGGCGAGGACAUAACAUCGUGCAACAUGUGCUGCGGCAGAAGGCGGUGUGGAGCAGACUAUAUGAGGAAGCGAUGGAAUCCGAAUACACGGAGACGAUUGAGGGGAUUACAUGCAAUGACGACGUGACGUCAAGAGUAUUGUUGCAUUGGGGACACUUUUGGCAUGCAGUGGUCCGGUCGAAAGCAAACGUGGCGACGUUAGUGUUUGAAGGUCGACUAUCGAAACCAUUCGGAAUUGAUAUGGAGUGGGGGAACAGAGAGCCGUAUAGCAGGUAUUCAAGAAUGUUAGACAAGGAGAUAUUUCUGCGGUCGCACCGACGCAUGCUGGAAGUUGUUUCAGGUACACUUUGGGAGGACGGGCAUGGUCGGGGGGACUGUUUUGAUUUGGAUGAGUUCCGGCUGUUGGUGCUCCUGUUGUACUGUGUGUACGAGAAAGGGGAUAUUCACAAUAUGGUGAGUAGGGUGUUACCAGGGUACCGCAAGUUUGAAGUAUUUGGGCAAUGGUUGGGCAGUGUGAUGUGUAUGCGGAAGUGUGGGUAUGCCCAACGGGUACCUGUGUACAGGUUUAUACUGGGCACGUAUGUGGAGGAGUGUGGAUUGAACAAGGUGUUGAUAGAAGGUGAGGCGAGUGAUAUGUAG